AUGGAGGUUGGUGGCUUGCCAGUGGAGCUGUGGCAGCUCAUCUUCUCCUACCUGCGCCUCCCUGACCUGGGACAUUGCAGCUUGGUCUGCAGGGCCUGGCACGAGCUGGUCCUCAGCCUGGACAAAACGCGCUGGCGGCAGCUCUGCCUGGGCUGCCUCAAGCACAGACACCCCAACUGGCCCAACCAGCCCGGCGUGGAGCCACCAUCCUGGAGAGAGGCCUUCAAACAGCACUACCUGGCCUCCAAAACCUGGACCAAAACCACGCAGGACCUGGAGCCCUCCAACUGCCUCUCUCUCUUCCGGAGGAGGAAGGGCCGGCGACGGCUUUGUGUGGGCACGGGUGGCGAGUUCGGCAGCCUCCGGGCCGCCCUGGCCGCCGCCAGCCCCUACGACCGCCUUGUGCUGCUGCCCGGCGUGCACGAGGAGCAGAGCGAGGUGCUGCUGAAAGUGCCUGUGGAGGUUGUGGGGCAGGGCAAGCUGGGUGACGUGGCACUGCUGGUGAGCAUCGACCAGCACUGCCCCACCGCCCGCCUCUGCAACGUGGUCUUCAUGCCAUCCCGCUUCACCUCGGUGCUCUACAAGACAACCUCGGGCUACGUCCAGUUCGACAAUUGCAACUUUGAAAGCGGGCAGCUGCAGAUCCACGCGCCAGGGACGUGCCAGGUGAAGUUCUGCACCUUCAGCCAGUCCAGCAUCCACCUCCACAGCGUGGCCCUCUGCCUCCUGGAGAACUGUGAGUUCACCGGCAGUGAGAACGCCUCUGUAACUGUGGAGGGCUGCCCAAGCUCUGAUCGUAACUGGGCCUGCAAGCACCUGGCCAUGCUGGCCAAGUCCUGCACAGCAUCCAUGUGGGACCCUGACCCAGCCGGCUGCCCUGUGGCCAGGCGGGAUGGCUGGGGGGAGUCACUGCUGGGGCCACUGAGAACAUGCGAGAUUGUUGUAGGGGAAGAACGAAGCAGCUUCCCCUCUGCUGCGGGUGCUCAAGCCUUGCUUGGCACAACCCAGGAGGACCAUGAAUUUGGAGGGAACCUGCGGGCAGCAAAGGAGGAGUACCCAGCCAUCGACUCAAACUCCAGCGACAGUGACUUAUGCAGCGACGAUGAAGAGGAUGCUCAGGCUGCGUACAAACUGCCCUAUGAAGCCCUCAGACUGAGUCACACGCUUGCUGACAUUACGGACAGUAGGCUUCAAAGCAACAGACUGCACACCCUUCAGAGGGACCUUAAGCUCAAGUCUCUGCAGCAGGAGCUGCAGCAGGACAAGGAGGCCCAGUCUUUGGCCAGCUCUGUGCAAGGCUGCAUCAUCCGACAGUGCCUUUUCAGGGACGGGAAGGGAGGAAUAUUCAUUUAUUCACGAGGGCAAGCAAAACUGGAAGGAAGCAUCUUCAGGGAUCUGACCUACGCAGUGCGCUGCAUACAAAACAGUAAGGUUAUCAUGCUGAGGAAUGACAUCCACCAUUGCAAAGCGUCAGGGAUAUUCCUGCGCCUGUCAGCAGGAGGCCUGAUUGCAGACAACAACAUCCAUUCGAACUGUGAGGCCGGAGUGGACAUUCGUAAGGGAGCCAACCCCCUCGUUCUGUGCAAUAAGAUACACAGUGGCCUUCGCUCAGGCAUUGUCGUCGUUGGCAACGGAAAAGGCAUCAUCCGUAGCAAUCAGAUCUAUGGGAAUAAAGAAGCUGGCAUUUAUAUUCUGUAUAAUGGAAACCCUGCUGUGAG